UCAGCCAAUCAAGUUCUGAUGAGCACUGGGAAGAAUCGAUCACCUCUGGAGGCUCUGAAACUCUAUAAAGAGGCAAUGAACCUUGAUGAUGCUUCCGUGCCAGCACUUACUGGAAUCACCUGGUGUCAAAUGCUGCUUGGUGAUCUUGACGAUGCUGCUCAGCAACUGGAAUUCUUGGCAGAGCUGCAAGCAUCUGGUGCUGAGUCACCUGAGCUAUUCUACCUACGAGCCUUGUUGGAUGAGAAGAAAGGCAGUCCAGUAGCGGACAUUGUGGACAAGCUAUGUUCGGCUGCACAGUGCAAUUCUGAAGUUGCUAAGGGACAUCAUCUGAGCAUUGACUACUUUGCUGCUGUUCAUCCUGACUUUGUUCUGCGACUUGUCAAAAUGCUCUUCAAGUAUGCUGAAGAGGAUAGCUCAAGUUCAGUUAAAGUGCUGCACUGCUGCGAAAACUUACUGAGUGAACUUACUGAGAAUGCUCCCGGACUGAUUGAGCCGCAAUAUCUCACUGCCAAGAUGUGGUUACUCAGAGAUAACCUAACCCGGGCACAUGUUGCACUUGUCCAGUGCUUGAAACUGGAUUCAACCUACUCGCCAGCUUUGCUAUUGAACGCAGAAGUAUCUCUAUUGAAGGGUGAUGUCCGUCAGUGCAAACAGCACCUUGAAGCUGGUCUCAGCUACAACUUUGAGGUUCGAGAUUCUCCUCAGUUUCAUCUGUUGCAAGCACGUGCAUGCAUGAUGGAAGAUAACAUGAAUGGAGCGGAGACAUCACUAGUCACUGCACUUGGCUUGCCCGGAGUACGCAAACGCGAUGCUAGCAAGAGUGUAACUGUGUCUGAGCGUGCCAGUAUCUUUCUGGACCUGGUGAAAGUGUACAAGGAGUCCCAGCAGCAGGUAGAAGCACUGAAAUUGGUCAAUGAAGCGAAAGAAUUGUUCCAAGGGACCACUGAAGAAUUGAGGACCACGGUAGCACAUGCAGAUUUGCUGGCAAUGACGGAUAUUGAGGCAGCACUGACAAUGCUGCGCUCCAUCAAGUCAACUGACAAGUUCUACAUCCAAUCUCGGCAAAAGAUGGCUGAGAUAUUUCUGAAGCAAAGACAUGACAAGUCGUCCUACAUCAAAUGCUUCAUAGAAGUAGCGACCACCAUUGGCAGUACCCAUGCUGAUGAUCUGCUGGGAGAUGCCUACAUGACCAUCAAGGAGCCUGGGAAGGCUGUGGAAGCAUAUCAAGCUGCACUCCGCAAAGAUCCUCACAAUGGUCAGCUGGCAUGCAAAGCAGGAAAAGCGCUGAGUCGGACACACAAUUUCACCAAGGCUAUCACAUACUAUGAGACGGCUUACAAAGUGUCCAAACAGGCCAGCCUACGCUCUGAUCUGGCUGAGCUCCACUUGAAACUGCGCCAGUACGACAAAGUUGAGAAGCUAUGCAGUGCUGCACUGGCUGCAGAAGAAGGCAAUGAAGCUGAGAGCGUGAAGGAAAGGGUCAAGUACCUGCUAUUGUUAGCAACUGUAACCGAGAAAACCAGUGACCAGCUGGCUCUCUCUCAUCUUGAGAGGGCAAAGGAAGAGCAAUCCAAGUUGCUUCGAUCUAUCAAGCCAAGCGCCGAGCCAGCAUCUGGAGACUUGAAAGUUGAACGCCAGAGAGCAGCUGACAUUUGUUGUCGGUCAGCGGUGCUCUUCAUCAAACGUCGCGACCAUGAAGCCGCAGUGCGGCUCUUCCAGGAGGCACUUCUCUUUGUGGAGAACUACGAGAAGGCAUUGAUCGCAUUGGCAGAGCUGUAUCUGAGUAUGGAUAAUACUGAUGCAUGUCAGCAACACUGCGUGACUAUACUGCGCCAUGCCCAAGACCAUGAACAAGCCACAAUGAUGCUGGCUGAGGUGCAGCUGCGGAAGCUGCAAUACGACACUGCUACCUUCCAUUACGAACAGAUUCUUGGACGAUCACCAAACAACUUUGCAGCCCUGGCUCGGGUCAUUGACCUGAUGAGAAGGCUGGGCAAGCUGAAUGACAGCAUGAAGUACAUCACAGAGGCUGAAAAGCAUCAUGGAGCGUUGACUGUACCUGCCGGGCUCAGUUACUGUAAAGGUCUCUAUCAGAGGUAUUCCAGUAAUGCUACAGAUGCAUUGAAGUCCUUUAACUUGGCGAGGAAAGACAGGGAAUGGGGAGAACGUGCCUUGUACGAGAUGAUUGACAUUUGCUUGUUUCCAGACAAUGAAAACCUUGGUGGGGAGAUUCUCGCAGCAGUCGACAAUGAGGCGGGCUCUCCAGGGGGUCAGGCUGACUCUGAGAUGAUGGCCAUGAGAACAGCUGAAAACCUGCUGGCCGAAUGGUCUCAGCUAUCGGAUAAGAACCAUAUGCGUCAGCGUGUAUUGCGUGCCUUUAUCCUCUUGAAAAGCAAACAGCGGGACAGUAUUGAAGAAGCCAUCGCGACAUUCAUGGAUGUUAUGCAACCGACUGGGAAUGAUGUCCAGCCAAUUGUUGAGUACACACCGGCCAUUGUUGGUCUUAUCAGUGCCUUUCUCUUGCUGAAACAAACACCACGUGCUCGCAAUCAGAUGAAGAGGAUCAUUAAGAAGCCGUGGAAUUUCCGUGAAGCAGAAGACUUGGAAAGAGGCUGGCUGCUGACUGUGGACCACAACAUUGCAGCUGGACACAUGGAUGAAGCUCAUCGUGUUCUGCAAAAGGUGUUGCAGUACAACAAGUCCUGCUCCAGGGCAUGGGAGUACAGAGGCUACUUGGAAGAAAAAGGUGGCAACUUCAAUGACGCUGCAAACUAUUACGAGAACGCCUGGCGUUUCAGUAGCCAGUGUAACCCAGUCAUCGGUUACAAGCUUGGGUUCAACUACCUGAAGGCAGGUCGGUUUGUGGAUGCUGUUGAAGUGUGCAACAAGGUCCUCGAGAACAAUCCCCUCUACCCACGCAUCCGCAAAGAUAUUCUGGAAAAGGCCAGAGCGCAAAUCCGCCUGUAAAGCCGUACUUGAUCACCAAUCCAGUCACCUAUGCGGCGAUAUGAACAAAAUCCCUGUACCAGGCAAAGUAGAUGUAUCCAGUGGGUUUGGACAAUGCCAUUUCCACAAAAAAAUAAAAUUAUAUUUACUAUGAACAAGUACAAGCCAUCAUUUUCUGGUUCUGCCCUUUUCGCUUAAAAAAAAUUCUAUUGCUGUGCUUAUCCCUGUGCUUGUAGCAUUUAGCGGUAUGUGCUUCUUCAGCACGAGAGCAACAUACUCGUAGACAGAGAUUGUUUCUUUUGAUGACAAAAUGAUCCCCUCUCUGUUCUCAAUUUUCCAUAUGUCAAACCCUAUCUUUGUCUUGAUAUUGUCUACAUGGAUUGACAAUUCCCAGUGCUUGUAGCAUUUAGCAUUAUGUGCUUCUUCAGCACGAGAGCAACAGACUCGUAGAUAGAGAUUGUUUCUUUUGAUGACAAAAUGAUCCCUCUCUGUUCUCAAUUUUCCAUAUGUCAAACCCUAUAUUUGUCUUGAUAUCGUCUACAUGGAUUGAAAAUCGUAAUUAUGCUUUUAGUUAA